AUGAAUGAUGAUUCACAAGAUGGUGAUGGACUUGAUAUUGGUAAAAAACAUAAACUUGGACAUUUACGUGUGGACACCCAAGGAAAAGCAACAUUUAAACAUUUGCCAACAAAUCAACUCGUUGAAGCGCUGCAAUUAGGUAUUCAAUAUAGUGUUGGCGGUCUAGAAGCAAGGCCGGCGCAUGAUGUACUAUUUCAAGAUUUUCUUACUGUGGAACUGAUAAAUUUUCCCAAAUCUGGGAGAACACAAACGCCAAAAGCUACGCCACCUCAUCGUUUUAAUGAUUUUACCAUUCGUUCCUAUGCGCCUGUUGCCUUUCGACAUUUUCGAGAAAAAUUUAAUAUUAGACCAGUAGAUUAUUUAUCUUCGAUAUGCAAACCUUUUCGUGAAUUGAAAAAUCCUGGUGCCAGUGGUAGUUUAUUUUAUUUGACAGCCGAUGAUGAAUUCAUUAUAAAAACAGUACAAAAGAAAGAAGCAUCUUUUCUGCGAUCUUUGCUUCCUGGUUAUUAUAUGAAUGUGACACAAAAUCAACGUACACUUUUACCAAAGUUCUUUGGUCUUUAUUGUUAUCAAGGUGACAAUAAAAAUAUUCGUAUUACUGUGAUGAAUAAUUUAAUUCCAUCUCGUAUUCAAAUGCAUGAAAAAUAUGAUCUCAAAGGUUCAACAUAUAAACGACGAGCCAAUAGUGAAGAACGACUUAAACAAUUUCCAACAUGGAAAGAUUUAGAUUUCAUGGAACGACAUCCCAAAGGUCUAACAUUGGAUUCAGAAACAUAUGCUGCUCUUGCACAAACAGUUGAACGUGAUUGUCGAGUACUGGAAAGUUUUCAAAUUAUGGAUUAUUCAUUUUUGAUUGGCAUUCAUUAUGCUAAUCACCAUUCAGAUUCACCAAUAGAUUCUCAUGGGACAAAUGGUUUCUUCAAUGAUCCGUCAUCUCCGCAACCACCACGUAUGAUGUAUGCAACACCAAUGGAUAAUAUCCAUGCCGAAUUCGAAGAACAUAAUAGACCUGAUGAUGCUCAAUUAGCAAAAACUGGUGGCAUUCCAGCGCAAACAGCUGACGGCCAACGAGUCUAUCUCUAUGUCGGCAUCAUCGAUAUAUUACAAUCGUAUCAAUUAAGAAAAAAACUUGAACACACAUUCAAAUCUGUUCUUACAGAUGGAUCACAAAUCUCAGUAACACAUCCAAGAUAUUAUUCUGGGCGAUAUCAAAAGUUUCUAUUCAAUAACGUAUUCAAAAAAGCACCACCAAGACAAUCAGGUGGAAAUAUAUUCGUACCACCGCAAUCAUCACUAACUACCACAACUCCUUCGCUACGAUCAUUAUACGGUAUGCCUUACAUGAUUCCAUCGAAAUUACUUGAGUCAAGUUCGGGCUCAGUAACACCAAUGAGUCGUUCCACAGCAUUUGAUACAUCAUUCCAUUCGUCACAACAAAGUGAUAGACGAACGAAUCAUGGAAGUUCAACAACAGUUUACGCUAGUUCGCAUCAAUCAGAUUCUUUGUAUAAUCAACCGACUCGUAAAUCAACGGCGAAAGUUCUAACAACGACAUUUGAUGAUAAUCUUCAUCAUCGUACUGAUAAUCAACGAACUAAAUUCUACCAAAAUUUAUCAGCACAGCUAGUUACGAAUGUCGAUCAAAGGUACAAUUUAAUGCCGAAUGAUAAAACUAGCCGACACAAAUUAACAUCAUCGGCAGCCAAUGUACAACACCGCGUCAAAUUAUCAGACCAUUCUUCAAAGCACCAUCAAGUAGAUCAUCAAUCAUCAGAGGAAAUAACUCGUCUAUAG